AUGACUGCCCUGACUGUGUCUGCCUUGGGGACAGCGGACCUGACGGACCUGUGCGGACAGACGUGGCAGGGGGACGCGCUGCAGCUGCGCUCGCACUCGGCUUCACGCAAGUUCUACUUCGUGACUCCGGACACUGACUGCAUGCUGUGGCUGCGUGCUGCAGCCCCUGAAGACAGGAUGCGCUUCCAGUUCCGCUUCUUUCUGGUUUACAGCCUAUCCUCGGCCACCCGGACCACCCAAGCCACCCUGGCCACUAAAGCAUCCUCUCGCGACCCGUGCGCACCGGGCUCCUUCCUGCAAUUCUACGACGGCCCGCAGGAGGCGCCCCGGGCCCUGGGGCCCCCGAUCUGUGGCUUGACCAUCCCAGCCCCAUUCAUGUCCUCCGGACCCUGGCUUGGCUUGCGCCUGGUCACCAGGGGCCGCCAACCCCGGGUGGACUUUUUGGGCGAAGUCACCUCUUUCCGCCUGGGUGGGUUGGGGCUGAUGGUUAGGGUGAGGUGAGGAGGGAUAGAGCAAGAGAGGAU